UUCGGCCGCGGCUACGCAUGGCAGUAAGCGCGGCUGAGCGCAUACGCAGUCGCGCACCCUGUUUCAGAGGUAAUCUGCCGCGUAUACAAAGAGUGGGCGUGCCGAAGGCGGCUUGGCACCAGGUGACCUCCCGAGGCAAAAGCCAAGAACCCGUUCCAGUCCAUCGCAAACGGGAGGUAGACAGCAUGGUGGUUAGAAACCAUAGUGUCAGCAGCUGACGACAAAGGAAACGUUAGAAGGAGCGUAGUGAGUGUGCGGUUAAGUACCAGACGACAAUAUCUGCGUGCUCAGACCGUGGCUCCGCAUAAGUUGCCACGCGGUGCUGUGUGUUGACGAUCACUGAAGCUGUGUCGCCGACGCCUCCUGCGACCUCGGAAAAUUCCUCAAGCGAAAAUUCCUCAAGCGACACGGAUGAACAACGUUCAACGUCGUUCUUACGCUGCAUGUCUUGAAAGAGCACGGACACCAACCGUGAAGCAGAAGAGCGCCUCGCACACCUGACUAAUAACCUGCACGAACCAUCUUGCAAGCGCCACAGCUACUUCAGCGAAACACCUCGAUCUGCUAAGACCGCCAAGUUCGGAAGGCGCAUUUUAAAAGUUCGCCGGAGCGCCAGUGCGAAUGUUCGCGCGGUACGCCAAUUGAUUCGGCCUGACCGAAACCCGACAACGGUUUCGCAUCCGCCCAGCGGUCUGAAUCAUACGCACGCACUGUCCAUGAGACGAAGGUGCCGAUAGAGACACAAAAUACCCCACGUGACGCUGUAACCGGCGCUUCGGAGGACGGACAGCCGAUAGGCGUUAUCGAUAUGCCGUUCGAGUCGCUCCACCAGCCCGCCGGCGUCAGAAGAAAGCGGUUGCUCCAACGCCCAACGCUACGUCUCGGCCAACCGAGGGAAGCUAUGUCUACGGCAAAGACUAGGAGAACGAGGCCUGCAACGUCGCCUGCCUGCGACAUAACACCGCCGAGCUUCAUGAGGUGGAACAGCGGCUACAGCAACUGGUUCGACCGAGGGCACGCGGGCUCGCCAGAGAAAUCACUCUCUUCCUUCGAGAUAGACGACGCUACAUUCCUGGAGUGUCUGGUCAACGACGUGGGCAGCCCCGACGACAGCCUUCGGCGACCAUUUCUCGCCAGGACGCCACCUAGGCCCGAAGUGGUGGUCUCUGCCGCCCUGACGUCAACGCCGGCCUCCCAAGGGUCCAAGAAGAAAGUAAAGUUCGCCUCCUCCAACGCGGCGGCGACGUCCAAGGCGAACUCGAUGCCAGACCUUCUGGAACCGCCGAUCGAAGCUUCAUGUGCGAAAGAGUUGACCCAACCGGAGUCCAAGCCGAGGGCCAGAAACUCGUUCGUGUUCGCGGCGUUUAGCAAAAUGCCGUUCUCUACGAAGCGCAGUAGUUCUUUUAUGGGAAUCGAGCCGUCGCCUGUCGACCAGCGAUGAACGUCAACCGCGUGACCGUUGAGUGCCUGCCUAUGUACAUAAUAUCAAAGUGUGCCCCGUGAGACUUCUUUAUCCGUGAACAACUUUCGUUAUAAGGCUUUACAAAUAAGCGGGGCACAGGUUAUUUUUUUGUUCGUCUACUUUGCAGAACGUGGGGCAUGUUGAUUUGAAGAAAAGGUAUUACCAAGACGAA